UGUAGGUAAAAGAAAAUUUUCAUAGACACGGUCAAGGGAAUCAAGAAAAAGUUUUUUGCAGAUAACUAAUAAAAGUGCGAGUACGCCUUUAGGAUUGUUUAAAGAUUUCAAUACUAGCCCUUCGGUUGCUGGUAGAACUUCGUUGCAUCUCGGUUACCAGUCGUCACUUGGAGGGGUGCUGAUUUAAAAUUUAGUAAUAUUAAACAAUAAUUGCAAGUUAAUCAAAUAUCACCAGGUAGAAACAGGUAUACAGCUAAAAUGGAUGGGAAUAAAGAUGAAGCGCAUCGCUGCAUUGACAUAGCGGUGCAAGCCUUUGCCGAGGGUAAAAUGGAAAAAGCAGAAAAGUUCUUGCUGAAAGCGGAAAAACUAUUCCCUACUGAACGUGCUAAAGAACUCUUGUCCAAAGUAAAGGCUGGCGCAACUACUGGGGGAAACAGAAGUAGUAACAGUGGAAACGUAAAUGGCUCUCCACACCGUAACGGUGCGUCUAAUGGUAAUGGUCCACGUCAACGCAAGAACUCUGACUCACGUCAUGUGGAGCCUGAAUAUACGAAAGAGCAAUUAGAGGCCGUACGAAAAGUUAAAGGUUGUCGGGAUUACUAUGAAAUCCUAAGUAUUACCAAAGAAGCAACGGAUUCCGAAAUUAAAAAGUCUUAUAAAAAGCUGGCCUUACUACUCCAUCCUGACAAAAAUAAGGCACCCGGCGCUUCUGAUGCUUUCAAAGCAGUGGGAAAUGCUGCAGCUAUUCUCACGGACGCUGAAAAACGUAAACAAUAUGAUUUGUAUGGUAUUAAUGAGACAAACUCCAGUGGUCAUGGUGUACGCAGAGACAAUUACGAAUAUGCUUAUGCGCGUGGUUUCCAGGCAGAGGUUAGCCCGGAAGAUCUAUUCAAUAUGUUCUUCGGUGGAGGUUUCGCCCAACAGAAUGUUUACAUGCGUCAACAGCGACGUAGACAACAGCAUCGCGAUGAUGGCGAAAAUCAAUCAAACUCUUCGGCACUAAUCAACUUUUUGCCUAUACUGUUAUUGAUCGCAUUAUCGAUGGUAUCUUCAUUUUUCAUAUCGGACCCUAUUUAUAGUUUGUCGCCAUCACAAAAAUAUGUUGUGAAACGUGAAACAAACCGUCUGAAAGUACCCUAUUAUGUGAAGAACAACUUCCAUUCUGAAUAUCAGGGAUCUGUUGGGCGUUUGGAAGAGUCAGUGGAGGAAGACUAUAUAGAUCACCUAAAGUAUUCUUGUAGUCGUGAACGCAACUACCGUGACUCUAUGUUGGCCAAGGCUCGCUCAUUUGGCGAUCGCGAUCUCUUCCGCAAGGCGCAAGAUAUUAAGAUGAAUUCUUGUGACAACCUACAAAAUUAUUUAAAUACGUAGUUUAUCUUGACUGCUUAAACGGUGGAUUGUCUUUGUUAUUGUUUUAAUUUCGUUAUUUAAAAAAUUUUACCCAAAAAUACAAAGCACGUAAGCUCAUAAAAAUUUAACUAUGUAUAAUAAUUUACGAAGAUAACGAUGAAAUAAUAUUUACAAAGAAAUAUGUAAUUACAAACACUAAACGAUUUUAAGCUAAUAUUGCGGUAUUUUUGGUUUUCAUAUCCAUAUGUAGGUGCUGAAUCAUGCAUGCAUAUAAAUAUAUAGUAUAAUAAACGUAUAAACUCGCUACUAUAUUUAAAGUGGGAAAUAAAAUUGAUUUCAAAAUAAA